GUGCCCAUGGCACUACUGUGCGUCACCGCGCCGCACGCACUGAAAUCGAAGUGUAAUUUAGUGUAUGCCGCUAAUCGCACUGUGGAAUUGGCCGUGUAUGUACAGGUACAUGUACUGCAAGUACUGUAUACGUACGAACUAGUGACGAGAGAGCCAGCAGAGUUUGCCGGUCGUUCGGCGGUCAGGCACUCAGUCAAUCGGCAACGUGCCACUUGGAACGGUGCCCAGGAAUUCCCUGACUAAAAACGUAUUGGCCCUUAGCCGAGCCAACCCAACCCAGCUGAUCUCCCGGCUCUGAGGAGGAAUAUCCUCACCACACACUCCGGAUUGUUUACGGACCCUUCCCCCAUCCACCCACCUCACGCUGCUGAUCUGCUGAUGAAGUGAAUGUGUGAUGUUGGUUUUCAUGAAAACCUGCAAGAUUCUUCAGUCAUGUGUAUCUUAAAUGUAAAUACAACGCUAUCUGCUGCACUUAUUUUGGUUUACUUGGUGUCUGUUCGUUUGGCACAGGGUUUCAACUUUAAAUCCGUCCAUUGGACAACUCAUGGGUCGGAGCGGUUGGCGCAGUUGUCAGAAUAUGAAAUUGUGACGCCGGUUCGUUUGGACAGUCGCAAUGGGUUACCGUUGCCAUCGGACGGAACCACUCGACACUUCGAGAAACGUAGUGCUCGCAUUCCGCUCAAUUCCGGCCGCGAAGCCGAAGACGAUGCUGACCAACCUCAGGCAACUUUCCUGCUAGGAGCGUUCCAUCAACAGUUCCAGUUGAAUCUGUCGCGGGAUAAUUCCUUCUUGUCGCCGUCCUUUGUCGUGGAAUUUUUGGGGGACGAAGACGACGACGAAGACAGUGCCAGAGAGUUGGAUACCAGCGCGCCACUUCACUGUUUCUACCGGGGCGUUGUGAACGGCCAGCCCGCCUCGACUGCUGUCUUCAGCCUGUGCGAUGGCAUGCAUGGACUAUUUCAAACCCCAGAAGGGAUGCAGUAUUUUGUUGAACCCCUGGAAGAUUCCACUUCUUCAGAUGAGGGAAGCGCAAGACCUCACAUUGUGUAUCCGACGACAGCUCUCCAGGAUUUGAAUAAGAAUUCUGGUUGUGGAUUGACUGAUGAUGACCUGUCUUCGAAGGGACCCUUACCAAAUUCCACAAAUGAUGUGCCGGGGCCGCAUAGUUUUCAUCAUCGAAAGCGUCACCAUGGCAACAGGAGGCAUUUUCAUUCUGAGGAUGCCAGAACCGCAAACACAUUAGCUGCACAACUCCAUCAGAUGCACCAACGAAUUAGCAAAAGUAUUAAACAAGAAGACAACAACAGCAGCAAGGCUAUGUCAGAUUCAGUAGCAGGUGAUUCACAUAGAAGAGAGAAACGGUUUAUAUCCUACACACGCCAUGUGGAGUUGAUGGUGGUGGCUGAUAGUAAAAUGUUGAACCAUCAUGGUGAAAACGUGGAGCAUUAUCUCCUCACACUAGUCGCCUUGGUGAAUAAAAUAUUCAAAGAUCCCAGUAUAGGAAAUGAUAUCAACAUAGUGUUAGUCAAGCUUCUUGUUCUCCGUCAAGAGCAGGAGAAUUUGUCUAUCACCUCAGAUGCCCAGCUGACGUUGCGUAAUUUCUGCGUCUGGCAGCAAGACCAGAACCAGAGGGAAGACACUCACCCCCAUCACUAUGACACUGCUGUACUCAUCACAAAGGAGGACAUCUGCAGGUCUACAUUUGACUGUGACACUCUAGGUUUGGCAGAGCUGGGUACAAUGUGCGAUCCAUUCCGUAGCUGUUCCAUAGUGCAAGAUAAUGGACUCAGUGCUUCAUUCACCAUGGCCCAUGAACUGGGGCAUGUUUUCAAUCUACCUCACGAUGAUAACAGCAAGUGCCGGGAGUUUGCAGAGAACAUGUCUGGCAAGUACGGCGUGAUGGCUCCCACGCUGAACUACCAGAUCAACCCCUGGAUCUGGUCUCGCUGUAGCAAGACGCAGAUCACAGAAUACCUGGAUAUGGGAUACGGUCAGUGCUUACUUGACCCCCCCACAGAUGCCCAAAACUUACCCAGUUACCAGCCUGGCGAGGUGUAUAAUGUCAGCAAGCAGUGUGAGCUGGUAUUCGGCGAGGGCUCCUCAGUCUGUCCGAUAAUGAAAAUGUGCAGUCGGUUGUGGUGCACUGGUUCUUCACAAGGCUCCCAGCGUGGGUGUCGAACCCAGCAGAUGCCCUGGGCAGACGGCACACCCUGCGGUCACAACAAGUGGUGCGAUCGAGGUGAAUGCAUCGCCCGUCAAAACACCCUGGUCCCUGUGGAUGGGGGAUGGGGCAAGUGGGAGCCCUACGGGGACUGUUCCCGGACCUGUGGGGGAGGGGUCAAGCAGGCGGUCCGGCAGUGCACCCAGCCGGUGCCGGAGAAUGGCGGCAAGUACUGCAUUGGCCGGAGGGUGCGGUUCCGCUCGUGUAAUGCCAGGCCUUGUCCAGAGAACUCCACAUCUUUCAGGGAGCAGCAGUGUGCCGCCUUCAAUGGCAACAACUUCAACAUUCAGGGUGUGCCACGGGAUGUGCGAUGGGUUGCCAAGUACACAGGUGUCCAGAUAAAGGAUCGAUGCAGUCUCUUCUGCCGUGUGGAGGGGAGCAUUGCCUUCUACAAGCUGGGCAAGAAAGUGGUUGAUGGGACCCCCUGCGGCCCUGACACCGAUGACAUAUGUGUGCAAGGUCAAUGCUGGAAAGCUGGCUGUGACCACAUCUUGGGUUCCCAGACAACAAGAGACAACUGUGGAGUCUGUGGAGGUGACAACCGGGCAUGUAGGACUGUCACAGGCACCUACAACAAGGCCCAGUAUGGUUACAACAAAGUAGUUGAGAUUCCUGCAGGCUCCACAAAGUUGGACAUCCGCCAACACAGCUACCUCGGUACUGAUCCGGAAGACGACAACUACCUCGCAAUUAGAAACAGCAAUGGCGAUUAUCUCCUCAACGGUCACUUUGUGGUCAGUUUGUUCACACGUGAGAUCAAGAUCGGUAACGUUGUGCUGCAAUACAGUGGCUCCAACAACUCCAUCGAGAAGAUCACAUGCUAUGAGAGGAUCACCUCUAACAUCACCAUAUAUGUUCUGUCCGUCGGUAAAGUCUUGCCACCAGACAUCAGGUACUCCUACAAUGUUCCUAUCAAAGGCGAGGUCAUCUACUUGUGGGAUGUGUAUGGACCGUGGGGAGCCUGCAGUAAGAUUUGUAAAGGAGAGAGGGAGAGAGACCUCCGGUGUUUGAGACAGAAAGAUCGCCUCCACGUAAAAGACAGCUCUUGUCGUGGCAGGCGCCCUCAGCCUAUCACGUCAAAAUGCAAUACGGGAUGUGAAGUGCGGUGGCAGAUAAUGGCUGAAAGUGAUUGCUCAGCGACUUGCGGGCCCGGGCGCCGUACCCGACGCGUCCAGUGCAUUAAGUCGGUCAACCGCCGACGGACCAGCGUGGUGGUUGCAGAUGCACAUUGCCAUGAGCAAGCCAGGCCAGCUGAGGUGGUGGAGUGCAAUAACGAGUGCGAACAGGCUCACUGGGAGUAUUCAUCUUGGUCUCAGUGUUCCAGGUCUUGUGAUGGUGGUACUCGCCGACGGAGUGCUUCAUGUAGAGAUUCCAGUGGCUAUUACACUCAGGAUAGUAACUGUGACAGCUCCCCCAAAGUGAUAGCAGAGAGAUGUAACACACAGCAAUGCCCCAUCUGGGCUGUCGAAUCAUGGAGUGAGUGUUCAGUGACAUGUGGCAGUGGCGAAAUGCAGCGGUCUGUUAGAUGUUACCAAGGCAGCCAGAUGGUAGAUUUUAGUCAGUGCGACCUAUCUGAAAUGCCAGAAACGAUAAGGCCGUGUCAGAUGGAGGAAUGUGCAGUGUGGCACCAGGGAGAAUGGGGACCAUGCUCAGCCACCUGCGGUCAGGCGUCCAUGCAGAGACUAGUCAGCUGUAUGGUUGGCGGCCAGCCAGUGGACAUCACUCAUUGUGACCUGAGCCUCAUGCCAGAGACUACCAGGCCCUGUCAGGUCACUGAGUGCCCAUUCUGGCACCAGGGGGAAUGGAGUUCGUGCUCGGUUUCCUGUGGCCAAGGCAAAAAGCAGCGAUUGGUUCGCUGUCUCCAAGGCAACUACAUUGUUGACUCCAGCCGUUGCAACCAUAGCUUGAUGCCGGAGUCAGUGGCUCCCUGCAAUGCGGGAGAGUGUGCUUAUUGGCAAGCAAGUGGCUGGGGACCAUGCUCUGUGACUUGUGGCCUGGGAGAGCAACAAAGGCGAGUGAGUUGUUACCAAGGCAACCAGAAAGUGGAUGUUAGUCACUGCGUUCUCCUCCAGAAACCAGAGUCCGUAUCGCCAUGUCAGAUGGAGGACUGUGCAGCAUGGGAACAUGGUGAAUGGGGAGAGUGUUCGGUCAGCUGUGGUCAAGGGAUGCAACUGCGGGAAGUCAGUUGUCGCCGUGGUAGCCAAACUAUCCGUGACCAUGAAUGUGACCAGGCCUUAGCUCCAACAACAAGCAGGCCAUGUCAGAUGAUAGAUUGUGCUGUCUGGAAACAUGGAGAAUGGGGACAAUGUUCCGGAACAUGCGGUCAUGGGGAGAAGCAAAGAUUUGUCAGCUGUUACCAAGGCAACAGAGACGUCCCCUCAAGCCAGUGUGACCAGGCCAGCAAGCCCGAUAGUGUGACAUCGUGCAAGAUGGCGGAAUGCCCGGCAUGGCACCAGGGAGAAUGGGGACCAUGCUCAGCUGCUUGUGGUGAGGGAGAAAUGCAGCGAACUGUAGCCUGUUACCAAGGCAACCAUGAGGUGGACAUCAGUCAGUGUGACCUGACCCUCAUCCCUGCAAGCGUGACCCCAUGUAAGGUCACGGACUGCGCCUACUGGCAGCAUGGACAAUGGGGGCCGUGCUCAGUCACGUGUGGUCAAGGAGAGAAACGGAGGUCCAUCAACUGUUACCGAGGCAACCAGAUUGUGGAGAGCAGCCAGUGUAACCCAUCUUUGAAGCCAGAUACUAUGACAUCAUGUCAGACGGUAGAUUGUCCCACAUGGAGAGGGGAUGACUGGGGAGCGUGUUCAGUAACCUGCGGCCAGGGUACACGACAGCGGGCAGUAAGCUGUUACCAACGGAACCAGAAGGUCGACAUUACCCUCUGUGACCUAACCAUGAUGCUGGAUACAACAAGGCCAUGCGAGAUGAUCGAGUGUGCUGACUGGUACCAGGGAGAGUGGGGACCAUGUUCAGUGUCUUGCGGUAACGGCGAGAUGCAGCGCAGGGUCAGCUGUUCACAGGGCGGCCGGAAUGUCGACGCAGUCAACUGUGACCAGAACUCGAUGCCGGAGACGGUCAGAGGGUGCCAGAUGCCAGAGUGCCCAACGUGGCAGACAGGCCAGUGGGGACAGUGCUCCAAAACCUGUGGCCAAGGGACGAUGCAGCGCAGGGUGGACUGUUACCAAGGCAGUAGCAUUGUUGGCAUCACCCAGUGUGACUUGACCCUCAUGCCUGCCAGCUCCAGAGAAUGUGAGAUAGGCCAAUGCCCUGUCUGGCGCCACGGCUCAUGGGGACCGUGCUCGGUUUCCUGUGGGCUUGGUUAUCAGCUGAGAGGUAUCCAGUGCCGUCUUCCUAAUGACACCCCUGUCUCUGAUGACCAGUGCAAUCCUGGUGACCAACCCCCUAACCAUCAGGACUGUCGGAUGCCAACUUGCCUUACCCCCACCUUGCCGACUACUAAUCCACCUGAUACCCGUCCGCCGAUCAGACCUGUACCUCCAACGAUACCCCGUACCACAGCCGCAGCGCCGGACCCUGCCAUUCUCCGCAGGCCUUCAGCCCUGACACCCAGGCAGUCACCAAAACCCUCGCUUCUGCCAUUGCGGCCCACAUCCAGCCAGCGGUCACUCGCAGACCCCUCUUCGUCCAUCACUGUCGCCCGCACACCCUCGGAACCCCGGCCUCUGCCGAAGUCAUCGCCAGUUGCUACUGUGGAUGUGAUGAGGGAGGGACCCAGGAGUAGAUACAGCAGCCAGUGGCGCACAGGAAUGUGGACUGAGUGUUCCACAACUUGUGGUUAUGGAACCCGUGAACGCUAUGUCAGCUGUCGCGACAGAUACGGUUACAUCUCAGAGGAGAGGAAUUGCAACACUGCCAACAGACCAGCUGCCAUAGAGCAGUGCCAGAUCAGACCCUGUCCGAACUGGAGGACUGGGCAGUGGAAUCGGUGUUCAGUGACGUGUGGGCAGGGUAUGACCUCUCGCUAUGUGGCAUGCGUCAACAGCGACAACUCCAUCGCUAGCGAUGAUGACUGCAACCCCCUGGAGAAGCCCAGUGACCUGGACAUCUGCAGCAGCCACGACUGUCCAGUGGACCAGCCAGUUGCCUCUGGGAUGGCUGGUGAGAGGGCCGAAGCUUUGACAAGGGGAGGGUGGAGAACGGGACUGUGGAGUAAGUGUUCAUCGACCUGCGGCAGUGGACUGCGCCAUCGAGUGGUCAUCUGUCAAGAUGAGUUCGGUGGUGUGGAGACGUGCACGGAAGAAAGUAGACCCCGCAAUAUUGAGGUUUGCAAUACGAGAGUACCCUGCCCACUGUGGAGCUUUGGCGAAUGGGGACAGUGUUCAGCUACCUGCGGGGGAGGCAUCCAGUCCCGCCUGGUACGCUGCCGCCUGCGUAGUGGCCGCACGCUACCUAACUCCUGCAACAUCCUGACCAAGCCAGAAGACACCAGGAUAUGCCGUUCCAACCCCUGCCCGACCCACCACAGCUGGAGGCCCCGGCCCUGGAGUCUGUGUUCAGUGACCUGUGGCACCGGUAUCCAGCAGAGAACGGUAACCUGCCAAGAUGAAGCAGGAACUCUUAUGGAAGACGAGGAGUGUGAGAAGGAAGGGGUGGAGAAACCUGCCACCCAGAGGGACUGCCAGGAGGAAGAGUGUCCCAGCUUGGUCUGGAGGGUCAGUGAAUGGAGCGACUGCUCGGUGACUUGUGGUGUCGGGUCAAGACAGAGGACAGUCACCUGUGAAGACGAUACUGGAGAUGAGAUGCAGGAUGAAGAGUGUUGGAGGGAGGAAUCAAAACCAGACUCACAGAGAGAGUGCCAACUGACAGAGUGUAUAAGACCUAAAUGGACAGUAGGAGAUUGGAGUGAUUGUUCGGUCACCUGUGGUGUUGGUUACAGAGAGCGAAGAGUGAGCUGCAUCGAAUUGGAAAAUGAGAAGGAGGACAAAGAGUGUGAGGCAAGUGGGAUUACCAAGCCAAUAUCUCAGACAGAUUGCCAGCAGGUCCAGUGUCCAACCUCAAGACUGAGAUGGACCGUUGGAGAUUGGACCAAGUGCUCAGUAACAUGUGGCAUCGGCACCCGAGAAAGAAUGGUUACCUGUGAAGACGCAAUGGGAAUUCUAGAGCCUGACAAGUGCGAGACUGAUGGCUUACCCAAACCUGCCACACACACUGAUUGCCAGCAAGCUUUUUGCCCAAGGCUGAGACCCAAGUGGGUUGUUGGUAACUGGAGCCAGUGCUCUGUGACGUGCAACAAGGGAUACCGGAGUCGGACAGUCAGCUGCGAGGAUGCAGCAGGAGAAGAGAGACAGGAGGAGGAGUGUGAGAUGGAGGGAAUGGCCAAGCCUGCCUCAGUUAAGGAAUGUCGUCUGGAGACUUGCCCGAGACCAAAGUGGAGAGUCACUAAAUGGAGUGAUUGUUCAGUGACUUGCGACAGAGGUGUUCGAGUGCGACAAGCCACCUGCCAGCUGGGAGAUCAGGUAGUGGAGGAAUCGCUGUGUCUUCACAAGAAACCCAAGACCUCCAAGAGAUGCAAACGGUCCCAGUGCAUGAAGUACCGCUGGAAGAAGGGCCGAUGGAGUCAGUGUUCCAAGUCUUGUGGUGGUGGUCGCAAGUUUCGGAAAGUCCACUGCACUGACUCCAGAGACAACGAAGUGGACAAUGGUCUCUGCGCAGUGGAGCACAUGCCCAGAGACAACAAUAAGUGCAAUACUCACAGCUGUGACGCACCCUGGCUGGCCUGGCAGGCUGGGCCAUGGGGAGAGUGUUCGGCAGCCUGCGGGCCAGGUCAGCAGUCUCGGACCGUAACCUGCCAAGCCUAUAGCCCGGAUGGCUGGGUCAUGCGGGCAGAUGACAAGACCUGUCAUCAGGAGAGCAGGCCGCAGGACAUCCGAUCCUGCUUCAUCAGUCUGUGCUCCUCCGACGUGAGCUGGAUGAUGGGGCCCUGGAGUCAGUGUUCCAAGGAUUGUGGCGGAGGUGUCAAGGAACGCAAGGUUCAGUGUCGGGAUCGCCAAGGGAGACGACAGCCUGCCAGUAGCUGCGGACCACCCACCAUCCGGCCAGAGACGAGGGACGUCUGCAAUCAUGAACCAUGUCAGCCUAAAAGCUGUCGCGAUAUCCAGCUGCAACGCAACCUACAUGAUGACCAGGAGUAUUCCAUUCUGGUACAGGGAAGACCAUUGACUGUCUACUGUCACAGCAUGACAACCGAAGGUCCCACAGAAUUUGUCACCUUACCAGCAGGAGAGGUGGAGAACUUUGCCGAGAUAUACCCAAAACGAUUAUUACGAGCUACACAGUGUCCAUACAAUGGCAAUCGCAAUGAUGACUGUGAAUGCACAGAUGAAGGACACAGAGAAGCUGGAUUGACGACGUUUACCAAGCUGAGACUGAACAUCACCAGCAUGGAAAUCAUAAUAUCGGAUGGCACUUUUGCCGAUGUGCGUUACGGCAAGUUUGUCCCGUACGCUACAGCAGGCGACUGCUACAGCUCGUCUGAUUGCCCGCAGGGCCGCUUCCACAUCAAUCUGAUCGGUACCCAGCUGGCGUUGGCCCCCGAGGUAGACUGGGGCACCGAGGGCUAUGCCGUCUCCAGAAGGCUAGCCAGAGACAGGUUGAACCAGCGGGUGGCUGGUCGGUGUGGAGGGUACUGUGGUACAUGUUUCCCAGACAAGAGGAGAGGAGGAUUGAGAGUAACGUUUGUGUCAUGACACUCAGGGAAUUUCACUAGGUUUGGAGUCACAAGCGUGUAAAUAUUCCAGAGUUUAUUUUUCUUCCCGCCAAGAUGUAAUAUAAUUAGAUGACAUUAUUGUAAUUUUUCAGAACAUUGGUGCUGACGUCCCAGUUACGAAGCAAUUCCUCCACAUGAGACCUUGAAAACUGUACAAAUGUCCAUAGUGCUAUUUUUAUUUUGUUUUUACUUACUUCAUGUAUAUCUUCAAAGAUUAGAUUCCUAAAAUUGUAAUCAAAUGAGAAUUUGUCUCGCGUGAAAUGAAAUAGGUGGUGAAAUAAAAUGGCUGGUGAAAUAAUGGUCCCUGAACAUUGGUGAAGGUUUGUUUGACCCGUGAUGUUCAUGGUGUUCUUACACAUAGCCAAGUAGAGGUUGAGCAGCUCAACUUGACUGGAUUUUGUGUAGUUUGACUAAACUUUGACAAGGGACCAAGCAAUCAAUUACAUCGUGCUUAAUACUAUUCCAAGACUCCAAGUGAAUUUCGUUAUUUGCUUCAAAAGCAUUUUGUUGUCAGCCAGUGAAUAAUUGCAUUCUUCCAAGGAAACAAAAUCCGGUUUUUAAAAGUCCAAGUUUUCUUCAAAAUGUGCAUGAAGUAUUUUGAACAAAUGGGGUCAUCUUGAGAAUGCGUGGUCAGUAAUGCAUGUUUGCGAUUUCUGUGGGUUUUGGCUUUGUUUUAUUCUGGGUUUUCAAAGUUGACCUGGUAACAUUCAGUAACACAGUGCUGUAAGACAGUACUUUCUGUGACAGAGACACUGUGUAAAACAGCAUUUGCAAAUGGAAUCUGAGGAGUUUUGGUUCUGCAAGUAACAAGAAUGUGUAAGAAGCUGUCAUACUGUGCCAACCUGCCUCCUCGGGUUUUUUUCCAGUUUGUCUUUUCCAAGUGUAUCUUUUUAAACUGCAUCAGAUUUGUUUCAAUACACUGACCAGUAAGGUGUGAAUAUUUAAUGACUAUUUUCGUUUCUCAGUUUUUCUUUUUCUAGUUUAUUAAGAUGAGAAAUCACAUAAAUAAAUUGAAUCAGUUGUGCAGUGAUAUACAUAAAGUAUCUUGCCCCAAGAACAGCUGCAGACGGAGGUGAAGAUUUUACCUUUGCUUUCUUAUAUUACCUCAGAUCUUAGGCCAUUUGAGUACCUCAUUCUGCCACACAGACCAAUGCAAGCUGUUGAUUUUAAUGUUGAGUCCAUUACAUGCGUAUUCAUUAAAAUACUUUUUUCAUGAUAAUGUAAUUCCCACCUUUUUAAGCUUUAAAGAAUUUGAUGUACAGAAUGAAUGACUUGGAGCAAAACUUACACUCUGCUGUAUUCCAAAAAAAAAAUGCAAAUCAGUUUUACUGCAUAGUUUCCCCUGAUGUUGUGUCAUUUACUUCAAAUAUUACUUGUGCUUUCUUUAUCACAUUUUUUGUCUUUCUGAAGAUAUUUAUUUUGUCUUUCGAAGCCAGCAAAGAGGUAAUAUAGGAGAGUCCGAAUAAAAUACAUACAGAGUGUCUGCUUAUGAUUCAGGCAUCAAGAGA